CAAGCUGAUCGUGCGUCAAGACCGAAUAAUCUCAAGCCUUAACAUACUUGAGGAAAUCAAGAUGAAAUUAAUAUCAAAGUCUUGCGAGGCCAAAAUACUAAAUAUAUCAAAGCGUUUUAAAAGCUUACUUACCUGUAGUCGAUGACAGUGUUUUUUGGCAAAACAAACAAAAAUUGGCCCAGUGCGAACCGGCCCUUAAGUUAAUACAUUUGGCUAGUUCGGCCAAGCAGGAUCUAGAAAACACUUUGUUGAGAUUUAAGCCAAAAUGGAUGUGAAGCUAAGAAAAAUGGAAGGGCUUAGAUUGCUCAGUUUAUAACUCAAAUGUAUAAUUGAAGCCAUUAGACGUCAGGAGAUGGAUUUAAGAUUGGACAUGUACAUGGACAGGAGAACGUGGGAGAUGAGUCUGGAUAUUAGGUUUAAAAGGAGGAAAGAAAGAAAAAAAGAAUUAAUAAGGAGAUGUCACCAAAUGGCUAGUGAUUUUAUCAGAGUUAUGACAAUUACAAGAAUUUAUCGAUUGACAUUCAAAAUGGAUCUGAUACCCACACCAUUCUAUGAAGCUGAGAUACUCAGACGUAUAUAUGGAAUAAUCAAGCGAUUGUAUUACAGAUACUUAAAGACAUAUAUAGCAUUUCUAAAUUACCAGAAUACAUUUGGUGCCUUCAAAGUAGAGCAAAGCCAUGGGCGAACCACCGCCUGGCGAGUCUCAUCCACAGAGCACUGAACCGCAUCGAGAUGAGUCCAUUCUGAACAGAGAGAACAACAUUCCUUAUGACUUAGAUCACCAGGAAAAUGACCAGUGGUGUCACGAGAAAGAAGUAGGAGAAAGAGAUCAGAAUGGAUUCACAUGGGAUGAAUUCAUCCCAGAGAGCCUGGGCUCUAUUAAUUCAGACUUCCCACUGAAUGAAGUCUUCGAGCAUAUUGACUCUAUUAUUUCCGACUUUGCAUCGGAUGAAAUCGAUUUGGACAUCCCAUUUGAUGGAAUUUCCGAGGAUAAUGUUUCUACUGAUUUUCACUCAUUAUUUAAUGAUGGAACUUCAGAGUUCAUUGACUUUAUACUUUCAGAGAGUGAGGAAAGUCAUAAUUUUAAUAGCACUGUUAGUUGGGGUGAUUUUGGCAAUGAUCUUCAUUAUUCGCCUGAUGAGAACCAAGCCACAAUAGUUGGUGAUAGAGACCAUCCUAACCUGUUAGAUAAUGGUGGUCAUGUUAACCGAAGUGCCAUUCCUAGUGUAAGCCACUUGACCGACCAAGUUGGUGGCAGUGAUAUUGUCAUCAUGCCUUAUUCAACAGAUCUGUAUCCCGAAGUCAACAAUGAUGAUAAUUUGUUACCAGUUGGAGAUGUUGUUCUUCAAGAAGGCAGCCACACGAAUGUUGCAGGUCUAGAUACUGUCCCUGAAGUCAGCCACAUGAACGUUCAAGGUCCAGAUACUGUCCCUGAAGGCAGCCACAUGAACGUUCCAGGUCCAGAUACUGUCCCUGAAGGCAGCUACAUCAACGUUCCAGGUCCAGAUACUGUCCCUGAAGUCAGCCACAUCAACGU